AUGUACGGCACAUCUGUGGACACUAGCGACCUCGAGUCUUUCGCUCGGCAAAUCGAAAUCGCUGACUACAUCCUCCAUAAACAUGACUCUUGGAGGCACACUUCCGGUCAGAACAAGUCGAAUAUGACGGUAAUGGCUUUCCGCGACGAACUCAAUCAAAAAGGCUUGGAAGACUCACAGGAAGGGCACGGCGAAGACCUCGCUUUACGCGUAGGUCUCAGAGAGAAAGAUGUCAUCUCCGAGCCUAGAACGAUUAGUGUGGAGCAAACUGAGCACAUCAACAUAAAUGGCUCAGUAAAAGGCGCGCACGCAAACAGCGAUUGA